AUGAGCAGAUUGUCUGAGGAUGAGAAGAUUAAAGUAAAGGAGAUGACUCGAGCUCAUGUGCCUCCCUCUCAGAUUUUGAUUUCUAUAAAGAAUGAAAAUAAAGAGAAUCUAACGACAAUGAAACAAAUGUACAACUACAGGCAAGCAAUAAGAAAAGAGGAUAUGGAAGGUCGAUCGGUUGUUCAACAACUUUUGAGUUGUUUGAGUAAAGAAUCUUAUUUCUACUCAUAUAGAGCUUCAUGCACUACUGACAUGGUUACUGAUUUGUUUUUUUCAAAUAAAAAGGCAGCUCAACUUCUGCGUCAGUUUUAUUACGUGCUAAUUAUGGAUUGCACAUACAAGACAAAUAAGUAUAAAAUGCCAUUGCUACAGAUAGUUGGAUGUGUUCCAACCGGGAGAAAUUUUGUUGUUGGAUUGACAUUCUUACAAGAUGAGAAGAAAGACAGUUUUGAGUGGGCCCUUCGAAAUGCAAGACUUCUUUUCGAUCCAAAUCAUCUUCCAGAAGUCAUCAUAACCGAUAGAGAAUAUGCCUUGAUUCAUGCAGUUGAUGAUGUCUUUUCUAGCAGUUAUCAUAUGUUGUGCACACGGCAUAUCGCUAAAAAUGUGGAAGCUAGGGCAAGAAAUGAGACUAAGAAUCAUUUGUUUGCGCUUGGAGUUGUUGGUAAUCGGAACAGAAUGGUUUAUGCUGAAACAGAAGCAGAAUUUGAAGAAAGACUACAACAUUUUAAAACGACUUAUGUCAAACGUCCAAAUCUACUCAUGUACGUCGAAAAUACAUGGUUGUUUCAUGUAAAAAAAUUUGUGCACGCUUAUACAAAUAAGGUGUUGCACUUUGCAAAUCGCACCACAAACAGGGUUGAGAGUGCCCAUAAUGCGUUAAAGAGAUUUUUGAAGACCUCGACAGGGAGCUUGGACACAAUUUGGACAAGAGUGCAUGCAUUUUUAGAACUUCAAGAGAAUGAAAUUAAAGCUAGCUUUGUCAGAUCUGCAAAUAAAGAUCUCCAUAUAACGGUGUUACAUCUUCUGACUCAGUUGACCGGUAAAGUUUCUCAUUUGGCCAUUAAAAAGAUUAUGAAUGAAUAUAAUUGUCAUGGAGUAGACAGUAACCCCGACACUUGUGGUUGUUAUUUGCGAACUUCACACGGCCUCCCAUGUGCACAUGAGAUGAGGUUAUUAGAUGAAGAAGGGAGGGGAAUCAAGUUAAAUAGCGUUCAUGUGUUCUGGAGAACUCUUCAUAUGGAGGGUAGUACUUAUUCUUCUGAUGAUCACCACACUCAAUUUGAAGAUGAUGAUAACACUUUGUGGUCUUAUUUUUCUAUAAUGAUGAAACAAUCAUCGGAGGUGAAGAAAAUGUACAUAUCUCAACUAGAGAAGAUGCUACAUCCAAAAACAAAUGUAUUGGAAGAGCCUUCACAUGAUCGAAAAAGUAAAGGUCGCCCGACAACUAGAGGUUCCACAAAAAGAGAUCCUUCAUACUUUGAGCAUGUUGAGAAAAAAUUUCCAGCUUCUAAAUCAGGUAAUAAGCGUAAAGCUUCCACGAAGGAAGAACCUAUUCCUUCAGAAAUUCCAAAAUUUCUUUUGACUUAUAUUCAUGAAUACGUAAUUGUUUCUGCGGACGGUAAUUGUGGAUAUAGAUCUGUAGCUCAUCAGAUUUAUGGGUCAGAGGACCAGUGGAGAAGAGUACGUACAGAUCUGUAUGAUUUCAUUGAGAGACGUUUAGAUUUUUGGGCGAGAGUGUGGAUCAAAAGUAUAGAUGAAGCAUGGACUACAUUACAUAAGAUUAACUAUUGUGAAAGUUCGUGUCCAAGACAAUAUUGGAUGUCUAUGGAUCAAAUGGGUCCAGCAAUUGCAACUAUGUAUAAUGUGAUUUUAGUUGUUUUAGACCAGAUACAAAUCGGUACUUUGACAUAUUUGCCAUUGUAUGCUCCAGAAGGCUCUACUAACCCGGAGAAAUUAAUUUGUGUUACAUUUCUACGCAAAUUUGAUCACUUUGUUUCGGUCUCUUUGAUCAAUAAUUGUCCAGUUCUGGCGAUUGUUGGGUUUUGGUUCAAAUUACAUGAAGACUCUGUCAAUGGAUGGGAUGCCCCUCUAAAAGCUAGAGUCGAUGAAUGGAACUUAAUUCGUGGCUAA